AUGGCGAACUUCAGCGACUGUGGCAAGCAUUGCUCCCAUCCGUACUGCAAUCAGCAGGACUUACUUCCUUUCGAGUGUGACGCCUGCGGCAAAGCUUACUGUUCUCAUCAUUUCAGCUAUGAUGCCCAUGAUUGUCCCAAGGGGCGACAGGCCACGGACCGUCGCGUGAUAGUCUGCCCUCUUUGCUCUUUGGCGAUUCCGCAUGCGCAUGGCGAAGACGAGAACGAAGUUUGGGAACGGCACGCCGCAAGCGGAAGCUGCGUCCCCAAACAGGUGACCAAGCCGAAUCGCUGCCCCGUGAAGGGCUGCCGGGAGAAGCUCACCUUCUCGAACUCUUGCAACUGCGGCACUUGUGGUAUCAAAGUGUGCUUGAAGCAUCGUUUCGAGGAUCAGCAUGACUGCCACCCUUGCCCAAGUCAGAAGCAACAUGGCAAUAACCUAUUGCAGCAGUUUGUCCAGCUUGUCAAAGCGAGCUGA